AUGCCCGCCAUCCGCUCGCUCGGCAGCGCCGCGCGCGGGGCCAAGAAGCCGCCCGCGGGCUUCGAGGACAUCCGCGACGACCUGGAGGUGUUCGGGAUCAAGAUGAAGGACGCGCAGAAUGCGCCGACCAACAACGUGCCCAAGCACCAGGCGCAGUGGCCCGUGUUCCAGGUCGCGCACCAGCGCAGCCGCUACGUCUACGAGCUGUACUACGACAAGGAGGCCAUCAGCCGCCCGCUGUACGAGUGGCUGCUCAAGAACGGCUACGCCGACGCCAUGCUCAUCGCCAAGUGGAAGAAGCAGGGAUACGAGAAGCUGUGCUGUCUGCGGUGCAUACAGACCAAGGAGACGAAUUUCCAGUCGACGUGUAUAUGCAGGGUACCAAAGGCGCAACUGAAAGACGAGCAAGACGUACAAUGUGUCAGCUGCGGUUGCAGGGGAUGUGCCUCGAGCGAUUAA